AUGGCAUCCUUUCAGAGUUACUGUAAGACUGUCGGGACAGACGAGGAGGAAAACAGGAUGCUGGACCGGUCUUUGCAGCAGAUGCUGAAAGCUAUCGCUGACGAACGAACCCGGCAUAGGAAAGAAAUUAGCAGUCUUGGGUGUUUAAAGGAUGACAGGAUUGUUUUUUGGACGUGGAUGUUCUCCACCUACUUCAUGGAGAGAUGUGGACCACGGCAAGAUGACAUGCUGUUCUACGUAAGGAGGAAGCUGUCCUGCGUUACUGAUGACAGCACUCAACGGAAGAAGGUGGAGGUGGAGGUGUACAGGAGAGACUCCAAGAACCUGCCUGGACUGGGAGACCCCGACAUUGACUGGGAAGAGAGUGUCUACCUGAAUCUCAUCUUACACAAGCUGGACUACGUAGUUACUUGUGCUGUCUGCACGCGCACAGAUGCCGGCGAUAUUCACAUUCACAAGAAGAAGUCGCAGCAAGUGUUCCCAUCCCCCAGUAAAAACCCCAUGGACAGCAAGGGUGUGGAGUCCAAGAUGAGCUACCCCAACAUCUUCUUCAUGAUUGACAGCUUUGAAGAGGUCUUUGGUGACAUGGUGGUGGGGGAGGGGGAGAUGGUCUGUGUGGAGCUGGUGGCCAGUGACAAGACCGACACCUUCCAGGGCGUCAUCUUCCAAGGGUCUAUACGCUAUGAGGCCCUCAGGAAGGUCUAUGACGACCGGGUGGGCGUGGCAGCAAAGAUGGCCCAGCGGAUGUCCUUUGGCUUCUACAAGUAUAACAACAUGGAGUUUGUGCGGAUGAAGGGGCCCCAGGGGAAGGGUCACGCGGAGAUGGCCGUGAGCAGGGUGCCCACAGGGGACGCCUCGCCCUGUGGCACCGAGGAGGACCCCGAUUCUCCAGGUCAUGAGCGGCUAACCUCCCUCAGCACGCCCCCCACCCCCGAGAGGAAGCGGCCCUCGUUCUUCUCCCCCUCGCUGCGUCGCAAGCUGCCCCGUAACCGCAGCGCCGAGAUGAAGAAGUCCCACUCUGCCAACGACAGCGAGGGGUUCCUCUGGGACAAGGAGGACGAAGCGGACCUGCACAAUAACGCUACCCUGCGCUCACGCUCACUGUCUGGGACGGGUCACACCCUGGUGGGGUCCUGGCUGAAGCUGAACCGUGCGGAGGAGUGCUUCCUGCUGUACUCCUACCUCACCUACGUCACCCUGCCCCUGCACCGCAUCACUGCAGACAUUCUGGAAGUGAGACAGAAGCCUAUCCUGAUGACAUAGCUGACGGAGCCACUGCCUUGGAUGCUCAAUACCAUGUGCCUCGUGCUUCAGGCCAUCUAUACAACACUAC